UUGUGCAGAUCUACUCCGCUGGAGCAGAGCGCAGUGUACUUAAAUUGGUGUCAUCAUUCCAUUGGUCUUACCAAAAGUGCAUUUAAUUUGGAAGAUAAUUAAAAGUUACUCCCCAGCCGUUCAACUAUGAUUCCAACGCAAAACCUUUUGAACAGUGGUCUGGUUGUGUGCUGCUUGAUUCUGUAUUUCGUGCAAGUAGAAUCUAUACAUACCGAGGAGGGAUUAGAGCUAUUAUUUCGCGAAAGAUCCCAAUCGGAUUGGGAGAAUGUUUGGCAUCAGGAGACACAUUCACGUUGCCGCGACAAAUUGAUACGUCAGCUAUAUUGGGCCUGUGAAAAGGAUAUUUACCAGCUAACACGACGCAACCGCAAGCGCACAGAGAACGAAGCCAUGCAGAAAAGAGGCAAACCCAUAUCUCGCGUCUGGCUAAAACUGGAUUACGUGAACACUUUACUGCGCACUCGACGCGCAGAUGCGCCAUCGAUUACGAAUGAGUGUUGCACCAAAGUUGGCUGCACCUGGGAGGAAUACGCCGAGUAUUGCCCAUCGAAUAAGCGUCGUAAUCAUUACUGAGAUGAGGAGAAAGCCAAAGCGCUUGGCAAGAUCGAUUGAAAGAACGAAAUGAAAGUGAAUCUCUGCAAACAGCUGUGUGGCUAAAAAAAAGUUAAUCCUAAAGAGGAAUGCAAUUUUUAGUCAGAUGUAGUAAAUAGGUGGAAAUUAUGAGUAUUGAACUAUUAUCAAAAUGUACAGAUGGUGUUGGAAAUUGUUAUUAUUCAGAGUAAAAUAUACAGUUAUUGUGUGCUUCUAGUUGACCGUUAAUCUCACUGCUUAUUUGCAUAGUUGUACGAGUACUUUUACAUCAACUUACAUUUUAAUCUUAAGA